AUGGUAUCCCCCUCGCCCACUCAACUCACCCCCACAAUCCACAUCCAAGAGGCACUCCAUCCCCCCACAGCCACCACACCAGAAUUCCCCAACCAACCUCAAACCGUCAUCCUCGCCUUUUGGAUGAACGCCCCACCUCGAGCCUACACCAAAUACAUAACCCAAUACCAAACCCUCCUCCCACACGCCCGGAUCCUCAUCCUCCUCAACACCUCCUCCUCAUUCCUCCUACCGCCGAACCCAGCCACCGAACAACAAACACGGCUCUCGCCAGCCGUAUCUGUGCUCCGCUCCGCCUCCUCCUCCUCCUCUACAGUGCACAUCCACCUCUUCUCCAACGGCGGCGUCUUCAGCACCACGAACCUCCUAGCAGCCUACCGUAACGCAACGGGCCAACCACUCCCCGUCUCAUCGAUCCUCAUCGACAGCGCGCCCGGAAAGCCUACCAUCGCGGGCGGAUUCCGCGCAUUCAGCUACAUGCUGCCGUCGAAUGUGGUUCUGCGAACCCUGGGGCAGGUGGUCUUGGGGAUGGGGCUGGUGGUGAUGUUUCUGGGGUUCUGGGCGUGUGGGGUUCGGGAUGCGGUUAGUGUGGGGAGGGAGGCGCUGAAUGAUCCGGCCUUGUUCGGAGGGCUCACGGCAGGGCGAGUGAGACGGUGUUAUGUGUACUCCAAGGAGGAUGAUUUGGUCGAGUGGACGGAUGUGGAGGAGCAUGCGGAGGAGGCGGAGAAGUUGGGAGCUGGGGAAGUGAGGAGGGAAAAGUUUCACGGGUCGAAGCAUGUCUGUCAUAUGAGGGUGGAUUCGGAGAGAUAUUGGGGGAUUGUGAGGAGUUUGUGGUAUAGAGAUUCUUGA